AUGUGGCUGAAGCUGGUGAGGACCAGGCCUCCCCCGGCAGCCAUAGUUAGGAAUCAGGUCUUCAGCACAGGAGCAGGGACAGGCGCGGGUGACUUUUCAGCAGAGGUGAGGCAGGCGCACGAUACGAUCAGAUCUGCCCCGAGAAGAGAGGGCAGUGUCACAUCCCGAGACCAGGGCAGGAUCUGCAUGCAUCUCGCCCGCGGGGGACUUGGCUGGGGCAGCGUCGCGCUCCCGCCCCUCCGCGUCCGAGCUCCCAGCGCAUCGACCCCGCGUCCCUUGCGCCGGGACAGACCUUCACCCACGAACUCCGCGCAGGUAAAGACUCGACGCUGGUUCCUGGCUCUCCGGGACCCCCGGGAUGUGGAGCAUCCCAGGCCCCCUUUCCGCAUCCUCUCCUCGCCGGGCGAGGGCGGCGAGGCUGGAUAUCAGGGGCCGGGCCGGGACCUCCGCGCCCCCCCACACCGCUCAAGGCAGCCCAUUCGGAACCUCCAGCCACCUGUCCCGCUCCCGCGCUCGCGCGCAUCUGCGGCUUCCUGCGGGCGCGCUGGGCCGGCCCAGAAAGUGGACGUGGCCCCAGCGGAGCCGGCGAGGCGGGCUGACUGCCCUCGAGUCGGCCGCUGCAGCCCUGGGGUCUCCCGGCGGCUGCCUGAGACCCCCGUCUUCGGUCUCGGCACCGCCUCCGGGUGCCCGGUGGCUGGGCGGCUUCUACGGCGCCCCCUUGGUCCGCGAUCAAGAGACUCGGGUUGCCUACCCCAGAACUGCCAGCCAUCUAGCAGCCUCUAG